AUGCGCGGCGGACAGUUUAGAGCUACGUCGAAUGGCUAUUGCGUGCUAGUGUAUUUUCACGUAAACUUCGUUCAUCCAAUCUAUAACUUCCUAUCCUUCCUGCACCUCCUCAACCAAUGCAGAAGGUCUACUGUGAGUGAUCUAGCCACUGCUGUGGAUGUUUCUGCUGUUGCCGUUGUGGCUGUUGAUGCUGUUGUUGCUGUUGUUUCUGCUGCUUGUGCUGCUGCUUGUGCUUGUGCUUGCGCUCGUCCUGAUGUUUUUGUUUCAACGUCAGCUAGCAUUCUGGUAGCUGCUGCUACAAAGUCAGAAUCUUCCUUUGAAGAGGUUGCUGUUGUGGUCUCUGAUGUUGCCCUUGUUGUGGUUGCUGGUGGCGAUCCUUGUCGCAAAAUACACCAAUCAUAUAAAGUCAGUCUUCCCACAGACUUAUCCAAUGUUAGCCAACCAACUCUUCUUUCAUUCAUACUCUCUACGUCGUUCUAA